AUGCAACCAGGCGUUCGAGUGCAUGUAUUGGGAACGUACGAGCCAUAUAACCUGCACUGUUAUCUGGCGGAAAAUUCCCACGCAUUGCAAGAAGGUGAUGUCGACCAGCACAUCGCCAAAGACCAUAACCCUGAAGGUACCAACUUCCUGAGGGGAGCAUGGAAUCUCUGGCAACAACCACUCGUUUCGUCAGGGCUUUUACGAUACCUCUGUGUGCCGUUUGCUGCGCUGAAGAAAACAUCAACGAUCAGCCUAUCAUCAGGAUCGAAAAUUACACCAUAUAUUGUGGCGAUGCUAAUGAAAGGAAAGUACGGUUCCACAAGAGAAACCGAGGAGUUCUUCAUCGAAAAUCGACAUGGCAAUUCUGAAAGACGAAGAAUGCAGAGCGAAAUUCCACCAAUGUGUUGGAGUACGGACCAGGGAGAAGCUCAGCGAAGCGGAUUCCUUUCACAAAGUGCAUCCAGGACGCUGCAAGGGAAACGCUCCCGGGUAUGCCAUAAUGAAGAUCUUUACGCAGAAGUUGAUGUGGUAUACCGGCGGGUGACGCGUGGAAGAUAUCAACAUCUUGCACCGCCAUCGAAAGUGGCUAAAGUAAAUCGUCUUCGCUUCUUUGGUCAUAUAUUAAGGAGACCGGCACAUCGCCUUGUUCAACGAGUUCUGAGGAGUUUCCCGGGUUCUACCUGGAAAAAGCCGGCAAACUCCUCACCUGGUCGAAAACGGAAGUUCUGGACCGAGGUGGUGAAAGAGAACCUGAGGACACUCAGCGUAGAUAGACAAUUCGGGCGAGACGUAAGGUUUUGCAGAAUAUGGAAUAGGGACGAAUGGAUUGAUCAUGUGCAAGCUCUCGCACAAGAUCGAGAAGGUUGUGCAGAGCUAGGUUCAAAGGCGGCAUACCUCGGCGAAGAUGCGAGUAAUCGAGGUGAGGUCUGUGUGCAUAAACUUGUUGUAUCAGGGAGACCAACAUUCCUUCGUUCUAAGGAAAUAGCCUGUUUGGAAAGUUUCAAUCCUGUUAUCGACAGAAAAGUCAAUCAAUUAUUUGAUGAUGUCUUGAACGAGGCGGGACUUAAGGAUUUCGCAGGAUAUGGAAUAGCGACGAAUGGAAUGAUUCUAUGCAAGCUGUCGCAGAAAAUCGAGAAGGUUUGGCAGAGCUAUGCUCAAGGACGGUACACCUCGGCGAAGAUGCAUAAUGCAUAA